AUGGCCGCGCACGGGAAGCUGCGCAGGGAGCGGGGGCCGCAGGCUGAGUAUGAGACGCAAGUGAAAGAGAUCCGCUGGCAGCUGAGCGAGCAGCUGCGCUGCCUGGAGCUGCAGGGCGACCUGCGUCGGGAGCUGGUGCAGGAGCUGGCCGAGUUCAUGCGGCGCCGCGCCGAGGUGGAGCUCGAAUACUCCAGGGGCCUGGACAAGCUGGCCGAGCGCUUCUCCAGCCGUGGCGGCCGCCUGGGCAGCAGCCGCGAGCACCAAAGCUUCCGGAAAGAGCCAUCCCUCCUGUCGCCCUUGCAUUGCUGGACUGUGUUGCUGCAGCAGACACGACAGCAGAGCCGGGACAGCGCGGCCCUCAGUGAGGUGCUGGCCGGACCCCUGGCCCAGCGCCUGACCCACCUCUCGGAGGAUGUGGCACGCAUAGUCAGGAAGAGCAAGGAUCUAGAGCAACAGCUGCAGGAGGAGAUCCUGGACGUGGUAUCUGAGCUUCAGACGGCCAGGAAGACGUACCAGGCGUACCGCACAGAAAGCGUGAACGCUGAGGCCAAGCUCCGUGAAGCCGAGCGCCAGGAGGAGAAGCGAGCUGGCCGCAGUGCCACUGCCACCAGCACUGCUGCCAGCGACGCAGGGCCCUCCCGGAAGAGCUCUCUCAAGAAGGGAGGGCGGCUGGUGGAGAAGCGCCAGGCCAAGUUCCAGGAGCACAAGCUCAAGUGCACGAAGGCCCGGAACGAGUACCUGCUCAGCCUGGCCAGCGUGAACGCGGCCGUCAGGAACUACUACUUGCGGGACGUGCUGGACCUCAUGGAUUGCUGUGACACAGGCUUCCACCUGGCCCUGGGCCAGGUGCUCCGGAGCUACACGGCCGCCGAGAGCCGCACCCAGGCCUCCCAGGUGCAGGGCCUCAGCAGCCUGGAAGAGGCUCUGGAGGCCCUGGAUCCCCCGGGGGACAAGGCCAAGGUGCUUGAGGUGCACGCAGCCGCCUUCUGUCCCCCGCUGCGUUUCGACUACCAGCCCCACGAGGGGGAUGAGGUGGCUGAGAUCCAGGUGGAGCUGGAGCUGCGGGAGGAGAUUCUGCCCAGAGCCCAGAAUAUCCGGAGCCGCCUGGACAGGCAGGCCAUCGAGACGGAGGAGGUGGACAAGACGCUGAAGGCAACGCUGUGGGCCCUGCUGGAACUGGUGGCAUCGGAGGACGGGGAUGCGCUCGACUCACUCCAGGCUAGUCCCUCCACCGAGUCCCUCAAGUCCACGGGCUCAGACCCAGGGGUCCGACAGGCCGGCCGGAAGCGGGCUCAGCAGCAGGAGACUGAGACCUUCUACAUCACGAAGCUGCAGGAGUAUCUGAGUGGCCGGAGCGUCCUCGCCAAGCUGCAGGCCAAGCACGAGCGACUGCAGGAGGCCAUCCGACGAGGUGACAAGGAGGAGCGGGCCAUGUCCUGGGCCCAGUACUCACAGAGAAAGGUACAGAGGAGCCGCCGGCCCCGGCCCAGCUCUCGGUACAACCAGAAGCUCUUUGGGGGAGACAUGGAGAAGUUCAUCCAGAGCUCCAGCCAGCCGGUGCCCCUGGUGGUGGAGAGCUGCAUCCGCUUCAUUAACCUCAACGUCUUCUCCCCGGACCUGUUCAGCGAACUGCUGGCUUCCACGGAGCUGGAGGACUCAGUGGAGCGGGUGGAGCCCGUGAGGCGCCUUCUGACCCGGCUGCCGGGCCCAGUGCUGCUGGUUCUGCGCUAUCUCUUCACGUUCCUCAACCACCUGGCCCAGUACAGUGACGAGAACAUGAUGGACGCCUACAACCUGGCUGUGUGCUUCGGGCCCACGCUGCUGCCGGUGCCCGCGGGCCAGGACCCCGUGGCCUUGCAGGGCCGGGUGAACCGGCUGGUGCAGACACUCAUCACGCAGCCCGAGCUCGUCUUCCCACCCCUGCCAGGCCCUGUCUACGAGAAGUGCAUGGCACCACCCUCUGCCAGCUGUUUGGGGGACCCCCAGGUGGAUAGUGUGGCGGGGGACAACGAGCUGGAGCCGGAUGCCGGGGCCUUGGCCCAGGAGGAUGACGCGGAGGGGGUCGUGGAGGCUGUGGCCUGCUUUGCCUACACGGGUCGCACGGCCCAGGAACUGAGCUUCCAGCGGGGGGACGUCCUGCAGCUGCGUGCUCGAGCCUCGGGCGACUGGUGGUGGGGGGAGCACGGAGGCACCCGUGGGCUCGUCCCGCACAAGUACAUCACCCUGCCGGCCACCGGGGCAGAGAGGCUUCUGGCCAGUCAGGGGCCGCAGGCAGCAGGGGAGAGCGGCCCAGAGGGCCUGCCAGCCGAGCGCACCAGCCGGCCAGAGUCGAGCACCUCACUCGAGACCACAGGCACUUCUGGGCACAGACGGCACUGCCUCCUCCCAGCCUCCCCGGACAGACAUGUGGAGAUGGACAAGCAAAGCAUGGCACAAGCCAUGGACUCCGUGUUUAAGGAGCUCUUGGGAAAGGCUGCCAUCCGCCAGGGCCUCGGACCAGUGUCUCCUGUCUCCAGCCGCCCCAGCAAGAACAAAGGCUUCCUCCGAGGCCCCGGGGCCCCAACUCCCCCCUCAUCAUGCUGUCCCCAGGGUCCCAACUCCAUCAAGCCACAGUGA